UGGAGGAGCAUUUUCCGGGACAAUAAGAGCUCCGCCGGAGCUUAGCGACACGACCGGCACACGGGAGAUGCUCUGAUAGCGGGCGGAUGUGGAGCAGCCAACGCCGGAACCGCCGCCAUUGCCGCCAUGAAGAUCCUCUCCCGCCUGGGCCGCCUCAUGCGGUACACCGUGGCCUAUGCGGCCAUCACACACUGCACCUUUGAGUACAUCGGCGACUUUGUCCUGUGCAAAGGACCCUCCAUGGAGCCCACCCUCCACUCGGACAACGUGCUGCUCACCGAGCGCCUGUCGAAACACUGGCGAACCUACCAGCCCGGCGACAUAAUCAUCGCCGUGUCGCCCAUCAACGCCGGCCAGUACAUCUGCAAACGGAUUGUGGCCGUGUCCGGUGACCAGGUGCUCACCCAGAAGCCCAUCCCCAUCGAGGCGGAAUACAGCGGGAGUCAGGAUGGCGCCGCCGGCAAGAAGAAGCCCGUGAUGACCAAGGACUAUGUGCCGCGCGGUUACGUUUGGAUCGAGGGCGACAACAAGGGCAACAGCUCGGACUCGCGGUACUACGGACCCAUACCGGUGGGUCUAAUCCGGAGUCGCGUGCUCUGUCGCAUCUGGCCCAUAUCCGAGGCCACCGGGCUUUAGAUUGGCUACGCCAAGAUGUUUUAACUCAAUUUGACCCAUUUAAAUUCAAUUUUUUGUAGGAAAUUCUGGUUUAUUGAACCACUGAUUAAAAGGUCCGUUUCGAAUGGAGUUUUGGUGUCAUUGGUUUAAAAUAAACUAGAAAAACGUUUUAAAAACUGCCAAAAACAUAUUUAUUCAUACAUUUAUUUACACUUCCAAAAAUGAUUUUCAUUGAAUUUUGAAAUAUUCUUGAAAUAAUAAAAUAAAUAACUUUGUAGAUUAAAAAUUUGGUUGGCUGUAUAAACUACUCAUGAUUAAGAUUAUAGAUAAAAAAUGGAAAUAAAAUAUGAAACAUA